UAAGAGACUUCCAACAUGGUUGAUAUUUUAAUUUUCGCGAGUAGGCAUGAUUGUGUUUCUUCACCUUAUUUGAUGGAUUGUACUAUCUUUCCUUUUCUGAUACAAAUUUUUCAAUUUCAUUUUUCACUUAUUUAUUUAUUCUCUCAAAGAUUCCUUGAUAUUUCCUCUUUGUUUCCACAGACCGGAUCACACAAUGUUCACUUUUGCCUUCCACAGGCCCUUGAAACUGUGAAGAGGUUGUGUCCAAAGCAAACCUUAUUGAUUGGAAUGACACACGAAUUUGAUUACUACAAGGACAAUGAGUUUUUAAUGGAGUGGUCCAAAAGGGAAGGACUGUCGGUGCAACUUGCUCAUGAUGGCUUGAGAGUUCCCAUAAACUUAUAGUAAGGUAAUACUCAUGAACUCGAGUCUAAGUCUCAAAAAGUAGCAUUGAUAAAUAUGUUGUAAAUUCAAAGUUUAAAAGUUUGUUACUAGCUAUGUAAGCAAGUCUGUCUGCCAUUGUUUUCUGUAAAACACAUUCUGUCAAGUAUAAUUCCUAUUGUAAGUGAUGGCGAACAUGUUAUUAGAGCUUAUUCGUGACUCGUGAGUGA